AAUGCAACAUUUAUUGGAUGCCAACCGCCGUUAAACCUCAUCGAAGAAGGGCCGUGUGCAAACCGCGUGUGACGCAGAAAGGAGGGAGGGACCGAUAACAAACAGGAACAGUUACGUAGCUGAGGAACACGUGGAGAUGAGUAGUAAUGAGUGUUUUGGAUGCGGCCACACCGGCCACUGGAUCAAGAACUGUCCGAAUGCCGGGCGGGGACGAGGCAAGGGCCGCGGGAGGGGGAAAGAUCUGUUCUGCUAUCGCUGUGGCGAGCCUGGGCAUGUCGCCAGGGACUGUGAGAGGACUGAGGAUGGUAAGCAUUUCAACACCUGCUGUGGCGAGCCUGGGCAUGUCGCCAGGGACUGUGAGAGGACUGAGGAUGGUAAGCAUUUCAACACCUGCUGUGGCGAGCCUGGGCAUGUCGCCAGGGACUGUGAGAGGACUGAGGAUGCGUGCUACAACUGUGGUCGUGGAGGACACAUUUCCAGAGACUGUAAGGAGCCCAAGAAGGAGAGGGAACAGGUCUGUUAUAACUGUGGCAAGGCUGGCCACGUGGCCCGAGACUGUGACCAUGCCAACGAGCAGAAGUGCUACUCCUGUGGAGGUUUUGGACACAUCCAGAAGGGCUGUGAGAAGGUCAAAUGUUACAGGUGUGGUGAGAUCGGCCAUGUUGCCGUCCAGUGCAGCAAGGCCAGCGAAGUCAACUGCUACAACUGCGGAAAGUCUGGUCACCUGGCUAAAGAAUGCACCAUCGAGGCCACGGCCUAGCACUCUGCUGCCUUCCUAUGCCCCUCCCUUUUCACGUGGAUGAUUGUAUUAUUUUGUCUGAAACCUGCCCUCUGGCUACGGAGGUUGCUCCAAGACCAGUCUGCUGUAAAGUGCGGAAUAAUACACUUUCUGUAUUUAAUCCAAAAUGUUUACUUUGGUAGAGGUUAAUGUAUAAUGGUUUGCUAAAGAAGCCAUUUUCCAUGCCACUGGUGACAAGGGAUGAGUUCUGAGUGGAUCCUCCCUACCAGGUCCGGGGAAACCAGCCCUUGAGUCAGAAUGAAAGUUUGUCGGAACUUUUUAGUUUUUUGGAACAUAACGGACUUGACCUGAGACAGCAGCACCACCCAGUGGUCGUUAUGGGUUCGCUCCGUCCGUCCGACAGCAGCAUGCAGACAGACCAGGACCAAGCCCGUCACAACAUGGUGUAUGAAUACAGACGGUCAUAGCUAAUUCACAAGAAAAUACAAAUAUUUGUUUUUGUACAGUUAGCUGCUGAGUGUCAGAAUCAGUCUUGAUCCAGUAGUAAGUUGAUGUGUGUUAUAUAACCAUGGAAACGGAUCAGAAAAAGAAAGGCUAAGAGAGAAUGUUUUCACAAAUCGAAAUGUUAUUUUUCUACAAAAUAACACUUAUAACAGUGGUUUUCCAACCUUUUUCAAUCGGGCCCCCUUCCAUAAUUAUUUUGGGGGUGGUGGGACGCUCCACGCCGACCCUCUCACACCCGACAGUUUAGGAACCACUGACUUGGACAACUGUAAAAAUAUAUAAUUUGCUUGUACUCAGUUUAAGUGGAAAGGUAAUGCAACUGAAAUCCUCCAACAUAAUGUAAUUUUAAUCACAAUAAAGCGCAAGAAGGGAA